ACUCAAAAUCAAAAUGACCCACUAAUGGCAUAAUGAUUCGAAGAGAAUCUUUCUUUGAUACAAGAGAAAAAGUCUCCGACGUCAACAAACCGUGCUUUAUAUAUUUCAAUGUUACCUUUCGAGUCUUUCUUUGUUUUCAAGACCCACUUACAUCCGACGGCUUUAUACCAUGGGAUAACUCGACAAGAUUCCAAACUUGAUUGGAUGCCAUAGAAUUCAUCUUUCUUUCAGAGCAUUAUACCACAAGUUCGAUGUUGAUGAAUUCAUAGCCUGUGAAAACGUUUUAGGAUCAUUUUCUACUCCAAUAUUGUGGUCACACUUUUGUAGGUAGACAACAUAAUCACCAGAGAUAGUUGAUCUCUUUAUUCUAGUAGAUUUUUAUAACAUUGUAUAAUCAUUCUCUUGGAUACUUGUUGCUAAGCCGGUUGAUCAACAAUAUCAACUGGUUAUUUAACAAUUUUUUGUUAUUCCUUAUGUAAAGUGCGAUCUACUUGAUCAAUAUCAGCAGCUUGUGAAAUUGCGAUAGUUGGUCGUCUAAUACUAGUUUGUACUCGAGGGGUAUAAAUGACAACUAAUCUAUCACUUGAACCUGAGGGUUGAGCUUCAUGAUGAUUCUUUUCAGGAACAAUGUUCCGAGGGCGACCACUCCCACUAAUCAAGUCAUUUUCAAGAAAUUUUGCAUUUUUUGAUUCCACAAUUCUAGUACUACGAGAUGGAUAAUAGAAUCUAUAACCUUUAGACCUUUCAGCAUAUGCAAUAAAAUAUCCACUAAUGGUCCUCGGGUCUAGUUUCUUGUGGAUUGUAAACUCACUUCAGACUGACAUCCCUAAAUGCAUAUAUGUCUUAAACUCGGUUUCCAACCUUUAAAUAACUCAAAAGGUGUCCUUGAGAUAGUUUUAGUUAGAACUCGAUUAAACAUAUAUGUUGCCGUCUUUAGAGCUUCAGUCCACAAAGACUCGGGAAGUUUUACAUUACUCCACAUACUUCUCACCAUAUUCAUUAAGGUCUAGUUUCUUCUUUCAGCAACACCAUUCUGAUCAGGAGAACCGGGCAUAGUGUAUUGGGCAACAAUCCCAUGCUCUUGAAGAAACCUUGCAAAAGGACCAGGUGCUUGUCCAUUCUCCUUAUAUCUACCAUAAUAUUCACCACCUCUAUUUGAUCAGACGAUUUUAAUCUAUUUCGCAUUGUUUCUCUAUUUCGGAUUUGAAAACUUUAAAGGCAUCCAAAGCUUCAUCCUUAGAAUAAUACAAAUAGAGAUACAUAUAACGUGAAAAAUCGUCAAUGAAGGUGAUGAAGUAUUUUGGACUACUUUUGGACAAGAAAUAUAUGUACCUAUAACCUCCAAUAGGUUUGAACUCCUCUUUGCACCCCAUCUAGACUUGUUCAAAUUCAGUAAAAUUCAAGGUAUCAAGUACUCCUUCAUUUACCAAUCUUUUAAUUCUCUCAAUGGAGAUAUGUCUCAAUCUCCGGUGCCAGAAAUAUAGAGGAAUUUUCAUCUAUAAUACAUUGUUUAGUACCGACAUUAUCUUGAACGUUUAAAGUAGUUGGCCAAUCAAUAUUUUGCUUAUUAAGGCGAAAAAGAUCAUCACUCAAAACUCCAUGUCCAAUGACAUUUGAUUUGAAAGAUAACUAAAAACAGAGUUCAUGAAAUUAAAGCGAUAGCCACAUGAAACAAGUUUUGAAACAGAAAUCAAGUUUCUAGCAAAAAUAGGAAUGUAGAAAGUCUUUUCCAAAGUUCAAACAAAACCACUACUCAAAACUAGAUUGCACGUCCCAAUAUCUUUCACAUGUGAUGGCAUCUUGUUUCCAGAAUAGAUGCUCAACUCACUUCCCACUGGUUCCGGUUUUGCAAUUCCUGCAUGGAAUUCGUAACAUGGAUUGUAGAACCUGAAUCAAUUCACCAUGUAUUAUGAUUAACGUCAACCAUUUUGGAUUCAUAACAAACAAAUGAAAGUUGGGUACCUUUCUUCUCAAGCUACUUGAAGUAGGACAAUUUUUCCUUGUGUGUCCUUUCUUUUUACAGAAAAAAAAGACGUGUUGGCUUUCUUGAUGUCCUUUUGUGGAGGAGUCUUUUCCUUCCCUUUAUUCUUGCUUGAUGCUUUAUGUUCUUUCCUUCUGCCACCACCUCUAUGUUCAUUUUCUCUCCCUCUUCCUUAGCCAGGCGUCCCUCCUCUUGAACACACACAUGGUCAUCAAUUCAUUUAUUGAUUAUUUAUCCUGUGUUGUAAGAGAUCUUAAAGGACCAUAUUGCGGAGGAAGAGUACAUAGAAUAGAGUGAACUAGGAAGGAAUCAGACCUAUCAACUUCCAGUCGCUUCAAUUGAGCCGCUAUAUCCUUCAUACACAUGAUGUGAUCACGCACACCCUUUAUCCCGGUAAGCUUUAAGGAUGAGAAUUGCAUUAUCAGGGUAUUAGCCAGUGCCGUAUAAAUGUCAAAAAUUGAUCAUCAAUAGCUUUCAAUAAGGCACAAACAUUAGUACAAUGCUCAACAGAACCCCUUAUUCCAACAAAUAUUCGAGUCUUUAUGAGCAUAACGCUGAUCUCUCCCGUUUUUUCAUAAAAAUUGACCUAAUUUGGAGUGCUAUUUUCAGUAAUAUGAGAUGGUUCAUCUUUCCUGAUGGUAUAAUCUAUGUCUAUCCACCCCAAAUGCAGAAGAAUUCUCUAAUUCCAAACUUUAUAAUUGUCUCUGUUAAGACAGGGAAUAUCAAAUUUCAUAUCAGACAUUAAUAGAUUGAAUUUAUGCUGUAAAAAAUAAAAUAAAAUAAACAUGCUCAAUCGUAAUUAAAUCAAAGCACAAAUAAAUCAUACAUGUUUUACCAAUGUAAGACAUGUAAAAAUAUGAAUCUAUUGACAUCAAACAUGCCUGUGGGCUAAAGUUUUAAUUCGAUUAGACUCAUUUAAUCAUAUGAUAAAACUAUCAACUAUGUUCAUUUUUUAAUCCUUGUGGGUAAAUUAAAGAUAUAGUUGAUAUAAUAUCCUAAUUAGUAUACAAAUAUAACAAAAUUCCUGUGGGUAAAUUUUAUUAUAUCCCGUAUGAUCAAUUGUAAUUUAUUUUAUUUAUUAUAUGCGAUUGUAAAUAUAAAAUAUAAUUUCAAUUAAUCAGAAAAAUUGUGGCUAUUUCAAGAUUAAUUAAAACUAGACAUCACAUAACAUUGCAAGAAAACCGAUCUCAUAAUGAUUUUCAGCAUCAAUUUUCAUAAAAAAUAUCUCAAACCAAAUAAAUCUGUUUAAAAAAAAAAGAAAAAAGAAUUUAGAACAUCAAGACAUAGGUAAAAACAAGCUCUGAUAUCAAAUGAGAGCAUAAUAAUCAAUUCAAUGCGGAAUAAAACUCAAAUAAUCGAAACUCAAAUGAACCCCAAGAACAUACAUCCGGCUAUUGGUGUCAAAUUUGAAUGCAAUAUUUUUUUGGUUCUUCUAAGAACUUGCACUAUUUCUCUAGGUAGUGUAGAAGCCUUUAUAUAGUGAUGCUUAGGGGACCAAAAAAUCUAAAAUUCAUAUCUCAAUUACUUCCUCCCAUAAAAGAAGUAACCGACAUGUUUAAGAGAAGUUUAAUGGAGAGUCGGGAGAGUAGUAGAGCAGUGGAAACUUUUCACAUAGACCACAUUAACAUUUAGUAGUGGCGUUGUGGAGAUUUUUCACAUAGACCCACUACUUCAUAGACCACAUGACAUUGACAUCAUGCUCUUACACUCUCUCUAACCAUAGUUGUUGGGCUGUGAAGAACAAUUCCCCCAAUUUUCUUAUUCGUCCCCACCCUCUCCAUCAUUAGUUCAUUAAUUAUUUCCAUUCUAACUGUUUUUUCCUCUGGCAUCUUGUCAUAGUUAUGUUGAUAAUGAUUGCACCAAAGCUAUGCAUAUAUAAUGCAACUCUUUCAAUGUUGAGGUUUGCUAAAAUUUGUUUGGACAUGAUUUUUUACAUGAAAUUUCUGCCUCUUACUUUCAUUUCCCAUAAAGCAUGUGUAUUUCUGCUGUAAGGAAAAUGUAUCACUUGUCAUUGAAAUUUUUAUGUUUCAAGAGUCUUAUGCUUUAAAGAAAUAUCCAGGAAAUACAAUAUUGCUCCGGAUAAAUUUUUAUUCAGUAUUAUAUGUCCACUUUAAAUGCCUGCUUCAGCAUCCAUGAGGAAUAGGAAGAUGAUAUGGAACAACCGCCAAACACCGGAAACAAUGGCCCGGUGCCGCUGCGUGUCUAUACACGACGCGGAAAAGGGCAUUUUGGUCUAAUUGCUGCAUUACCACAAUUACUAUAUAUUUGCAUUGCAAAAUAGUCCUUAUCUUAUUUAUAAUUAUAUUUAAAAGUUGAUAUAAAUAAAUGGAAUUAGGGUCAGAGAAGUUUAUCCAGAAAAGAAUAAAGUGUGAGCGGCUAGGGCUGGGCAGGGCAGGGCAGAAGAUAUCAAUUUUCUUUUGAGUACUAAAAUUGGUUCUUAUUUCUAUUAAAUUGUGUUCUUGUUUCUACCAAAUUGGUUCGACCUGCCGGAUCGGUUCGAGAUAUCAAUUACAAGGGAUGCGAAAAUUUUGGAAAAUAUAAAAUACAUUGGGAGUGGUCUGUGAAGAGCAGCGAGACAUUCGACAGAAACUGGAAGCACUCAAUGUGUCCGUUGUAGCACAGCAAGAUGCGCUACAAAAGCAGACUGCGGAAAUCCUUGCGGUUGUUCAGGCCUUUCAAAGAGCCCCUACAAGAUCAUUAGACCCAUCUGCGUCCGCAUCAAUUGGAAGGGUUGCGAAUACACUCCCGUAGCAAAAGAAAGUUGGAGAUAAUCAAGCCUUUAUACGACGUCUUUUUGAUGUCACCUUACCGAGUUUUGAUGGCACCGUUCCUCGGGUGGAUUGCACGAGCAGAACAACAGUUUGAAUUACAUCGGGUGACGGGUCUGCAACGCGUGCAAUUGGCAAUGAUUGCGAUAGAGAGAUCAGCCCUGCACUGGUUCCGGUGGUAGCGCAGACGCCAUUCCGAUGCGUCAUGGGUGGAAUUUUCCCAAGCUUUGAUGGUCCGUUUUGAUGAUCGCUAUGUUGGCAGCCCCUUUGACACUUAGCGGUUGUGAAACACACUGGCCUGGUGGAUGCCUAUGUGGAUAGCUUUCUAGGGUUAGCGAAUCAAGUGCCAGGAUUCGCUAAGGAUCAUUACUUGGGGUAUUUCCUGAAUGGCCUCCAAUGUCCUCUUCGCAAUAAGUUGCGUGCCUUUGAACCAAAAGACUUGGAAACAACCAUUCGAGUGAGUCGAAGUGUGGAAUUGGAUUUGCAGGAAUCGCAAGGAGCCUACUCGGGAUCUAGAGUUGAUCGGCCACCAGUCACGUGGGGCAUCACGGGGGACUCGCACAGUUGGUAAUUUGAUGCCUCAACCUAGGGGCACUAACUCGAGGCUGCCAGAAAAAUGAGGUGCUACUGUCUCAAAGGCUGGAUCGAAUUGAACCACAAGCACAGGGCAAUCAACAUGAAUACAAUGAGCGACGAGCUAAAGGCCUCAGUUUUCAUUGUAAUCUUCCUUAUCACGCUUUACAUGAGUGCCCUUAGAAACAAUUGAGAAUUUUGUUAGUAGAGGAGGGAGAUUCGUGGGAUGGAGACUUGCAGGAAAUGACAGGUGAUGCAGCCAUGGAUCCCGAAGAGAGGGCUGCAGCUCAAGAUGAAUCAAACUUGGGAAAUUUACCUCUAUACUUGAUGGCGGGCUUUACAGGACCUUGUACUAUGAAAAUUAAAGGACUUUUGCAGGAUAAAAGUGUGAUUGUGCUGAUCGACAGUGGAGCAAGUCACAAUUUCAUCUCGUAUUCUAUCGUAACAGAGAUGGGAUUAUUGACAGAGCCUACAGGCAAGUUUGGAGUCACACUAGGGGAUGGGCGAUGUUUGGAAUGCCAAGGAGUAUGCCCAGGCUUACAGAUUACCUUGGACGGAUGCAUAGUCCAAGCUGAUUGUUAUGCUUUCCCUUUGGGUGGAGUGGAUGUGAUCUUGGGAGUUGCAUGGCUGAAGACAUUAGGGAAUGCGCAGGUAAAUUGGCAUACAAUGUCAAUGUCUUUCAAAGUGGAUGGAGUGCCGACCACCUUACAAGGAGAUCCAGCUCUUAAUCGUUCCCCGGUAGCCAUCCGAUCCAUGCUCCGCACUACUCAAGCAGAAUUUUGUGCCAUCGUAGUGGACCCGACAUGGUGUUUGAUGUUGCGGAAAGAGGGUGCAGCAACCUCUCAAACCAAUGCAGCCCUCGAAACCUUGCUAAAGACAUAUGAAAAGGUGUUUGGUGAGCCCACGGAACUCCCUCCAACCAUAUCGGUGUACCACCAUAUCAUCUUGCAGGAUGGAGCAAAGCCUAUCUCCGUUCGUCCCUACUGUUAUAGACAUGUGCAAAAGGACGAAAUCGAAAAACUAAUGGAAGAUAUAUUGUGCGCAGGCAUCAUAAGGCCAAGCUUAAGUCCAUUCUCGAGCCCCGUGUUGCUCGUGAAGAAAAAAGAUGGUAGUUGGCGAUUUUGUAUCGAUUACCGCGAACUAAACAAGCUUACCAUCCCAAAUAAAUAUCCAAUUCCUGUUAUUCAAGAGAUGUUAGAUGAGCUUGCGGGUGUAGUGGUCUUCUCAAAGAUUGAUCUUUGUUCGGGCUAUCACCAAAUUUGAGUUGCACCAUCCGAUAUACCAAAGGCAGCGUUUCGGACACACAAUGGCUAUUACAAAUUCCUAGUCAUGCCAUUUGGCCUCAUGAAUGCUCCGGUGACAUUUCAGGCUACCAUGAAUGAUCUAUUUCGGCCACUCUUACCCAAGUUUGUCUUGGUUUUCUUUGACGAUAUACUUAUAUAUAGUCGAUCAUGAGAAGCCUAUCUCGGUCACUUAUCUCGGGUUCUAGCGAUUUUGCAGGAAAAUCAAUAUAAAGUCAACAAAAAAAAAAUGCUCUUUUGGCUGCACUUCAGCAGAAUACUUGGGGCAUGUCGUGUCGGAAAAAGGAGUGGCGAUGGACCUGGAGAAAAUUACUAUAGUGGUAAAUUGGCGAUUCCUAAAUCGGUGAGGGAAAUAAGAGGAUUUCUUGGUCUUACAGAAUACUAUAGGCGUUUUAUCCGACAUUAUGGAGUCAUAGCCCGUCCGCUUACACAAUUACUUAAGAAAACAGCCACGCCAUUAUUAUGGACAACACAGAUUGCAUUUGAUGCCUUAAAGACUGCUCUUACUACGGCACCCUUACUAGCUAUGCCUAACUUUCAAAAGCACUUUAUAAUAGUGUGAUGCAUCCGGAACAGGUUUAGGAGUUGUUCUUAUGCAAGAUGAGGGACCUAUGCAUUCUUUAGUAAGGAGUUAGAAGAUAGAACCCUUGCCCAAUCCGCCUAUGAAAAUGAAUUGAUGGAUUUAGUUCUUGCGAUUCAGCAUUAGCGUCCUUAUCUAAUUGGUCGAAGGUUCACAGUACGGACAGACCACCAUAGCCUGAAAUACUUGCCCACACAACGAAUUGCUACCCCUUCACAACGAGCGUGGAUGGCCAAACUAUUAGAGUACUUUUUCGAUAUCGUUUAUAAGCCGGGCCGAGUUAACUCUGCAAUUGAUUUUUUGUCACGGCGUGGUGAGAAGAGAGGGGAGUUAGGAGCCAUGAGUGCACCCACAUGGCUAGGUUGGGAGGAGAUACACGAUGAACAAUGUAGAGAUCCUUCUCUCCAAGCAAUCUGAAAAAAGUUACAAAAUGAAGGCACAACGAAGUAACUUUGAGCUGAUUGAUGGCCAACUGUUCUAUCGAGGUCGGCUGGUCAUCCUGGAGGGUUCUGAAUGGAUUCAGCAGCUGUUUUGUGAGUUUCAUUCAACCCCGGGUGGAGGACAUGCGGGUGUUUAUCGCACAUAUCGUCGUCUUUCCGCUAGUGUGUAUUGGCGGGGUAUGUACCGUAAGGUACGGGAUUAUGUGGACAGUUGCAUCGUUUGCCAGAAGGCCAAAUAUGAAACAUCUUCCCCGGCCGGUCUUCUACAACCGUUGCCGAUUCCGACGAUGAUUUGGGAAGAUAUCUCUAUGGACUUCAUCACCUCAUUGCCUAAAUCCUAAGGGUUCUCUUGUGUAAUAGUGGUGGUGGACCGCUUAACCAAGUAUGCGCACUUUAUUGCUUUACGCAUGCCUUUUUCAGCCCGUUUUGUUGAUGACAUAUUCACUAAGGAGGUGGUGCGCCUGCACGGUGUACCUCGUUCGAUAAUUAGUGAUCGAGAUGCGGUAUUCUUAAGCACAUUUUGGAAGGAACUUUUUAUGCUCCAAGGGACUACUCUCAAAUUCAGUUCUGCAUAUCACCCUGAGACUGAUGGGCAAACAGAGAUUGGAAUCAUAUCAAAAUAAAAUUAACG